AUUGUGCCAUUAACCUGCUUCCUGGCACCUGCCCACCCAAGGGUCGUCUAUUUUCACUCUCAGUCCCUGAAGACCAAGCCAUGCGAGACUAUAUAAAGGAGGCCCUCCAAGCAGGAAUCAUUCGUCCUUCCUCAUCCCCUGCUGGUGCAGGAUUUUUCUUUGUAGGAAAGAAGGAUGGUUCACUUCGCCCCUGCAUCGACUACAGAGGACUCAAUGACAUCACCAUCAAGAACCGUUAUCCCCUCCCACUCACAGACACUGCAUUUGAACGCAUCCAAGGCUCUACCAUCUUUACUAAAUUAGACCUAAGGAAUGCGUAUCAUCUGGUGCGUAUUCGGGAGGGAGAUGAGUGGAAAACUGCCUUCAACACCCCUACUGGGCAUUAUGAAUAUUUAGUGAUGCCAUUUGGGUUGACUAAUGCACCAGCAGUCUUCCAGGCCCUUGUGAAUGAUGUUCUUAGGGACAUGAUUGGUCUUUAUGUCUUUGUCUAUCUAGAUGACAUCCUGGUUUUCUCUAAGGAUCUACCCUCACACAUCAACCAUGUCCGUUCAGUGCUUCUUCGUUUACUACAGAAUAACCUGUUUGUUAAACCUGAGAAGUGUGAAUUUCAUGUGUCCCAGACUUCCUUCUUAGGCUUUCUAGUCUCCCCCAACCAGCUAUCCAUGGAGGACCGCAAGGUUUCCGCUGUGCUGAAUUGGCCUACCCCUCAAGACCGUAAGCAACUCCAGCGGUUCCUGGGUUUUGCUAAUUUCUAUAGGCGGUUCAUUCGCAAUUACAGUUCUAUUGCCUCACCCCUUCAUGCUCUAACCUCUCCCAAGUCUCGUUUUCAGUGGAACCCUAAUGCGGAAAAGGCUUUUCAAAGACUUAAACACCUGUUCUCCACUGCACCAGUUCUCCAUUCUCCUGACCUGAAUAGACAGUUCAUUGUGGAGGUCGACGCAUCGGAGUCUGGUGUUGGCGCAAUCCUUAGCCAGAGGUAUGAGGAUGAUAAGGUUCAUCCAUGCGCCUUCUUUUCUAGAAGCCUCUCCUCUGCUGAGUGCAACUAUGACGUGGGGGACCGAGAAUUGCUGGCAGUUAAACUAGCGUUGGAGGAAUGGAGACAUUGGCUAGAAGGAGCUAAGGAACCCUUCCUAGUGUGGACUGACCACAAGAACCUCCAGUACCUCAAGUCAGCUAAAAGACUCAACACCAGGCAAGCCAGUCAAAACUCUAAGAGUGGUCCAGUCACGCUUCUGGUGGAGGAACAUGGGAAAGGAUGUCAAAGAGUUUGUCUCUGCCUGCCGGGUCUGCUCUCAGGCUAAACCUUCUCGCCGACCCCCAGCAGGGCUUCUUCACCCUCUACCUGUUCCCCACCGGCCUUGGUCGCAUAUUUCGAUGGAUUUCAUCACAGGAUUACCCACCUCAAACAGGUCAGCAAACCGACACAGGAUCCCGGCUCCUGCUUACCUUGUAGGUCAAAGGGUGUGGCUGUCAACCAAGGACCUUCCCCUUCGGGUGGAGAACAAGAAAUUGGCGCCACGUUUUGUCGGACCGUUCCCCAUCUCCAAGGUGGUGAAUCCUGUGGCCGUCCGCCUCCAGCUGCCUUCUUCUCUGAAGGUCCAUCCCACUUUCCAUGUCUCACGCAUCAAGCCUGUUGCCACUUCCAGAUUCAUGCCCUCCUCCAAACCCCCUCCUCCCGCCCGGUUCUUUGCUGGGGGUCCCGUCUACACUGUGAGGCGUCUUCUCCGAUCCAGAAGGUGGGGCCGUGCCACCCAUUACCUGGUGGACUGGGAAGGUUAUGGGCCGGAGGAGCGCUCAUGGGUUCCUUCCCGCCACAUUGUGGACAAAACCCUUAUCAGAGAUUUCCAUCGUGAUCACCCCGACCAGCCUGGUGGUCCUUCAGGGGCCGGACCUUGAGGAGGGGGUACUGUGAUGUUUACAGUGUACCCUGUGUUUCUUGUUCAGCCAAUCCAAGUCACGCCCCUCAUUUCCGUUAUUCCUCGCACCUGUGUUUCUCCCUAAUUGUCUCCCUUCUUAAACCUCCCUCAGUCACAACCAAGCUGCCAGAUUAUCGAACGCUUUCAGCUAGUAGUUUUCCAGCACUCUUACCUCGCCCUUAUAAUCACGACCACGCCUUGUUCCUCGGACCUGUCCCUUUUGCCUCGCCCUUGUCGGACUAUUACUGAUUGCCUUUCUGGAUCUCGACCCA